AUGUCCCUUUACGAAUUACCAGCUACAUUUUACACCUCCUUGAGCGAGAAGUACCAAGAGGCGCUCAAAACUGGGGCCGUUUUGUAUAAUGGAGAUGCGGCGGUCAACGAAAUUGAGCUGUUUGCGAUUGGAGACAAGAGUGCAAAUGUGCAAUUGACAAUGUUGACAUCUUUGAUGCACAGACCAGAAAAGGGUGAUAGAGAGUCCAAUCCUUUUGAAAAGCCGGAGCCAGAGCUUACGAUUCUUGAGGGGUAUGGACCUAAUCUUGAAUUCAAGCUUGUUUUCAAUAAGUUUCCAGUGAUAUCGAAGCACUUCUUGAUGGUCACACGAGAGUUCAAACACCAAAAUACCCCACUAUCAGAGGAAGAGCUAUCUGCUACAUACAAAAUCUUGACCGAACUAGCCAAGCAAAGCCCGUUAGAUGAGGACUGGUUCGCUUUUUACAACUGUGGACCAGAGAGUGGUGCUUCUCAACCCCAUAAGCAUAUACAAUUUAUGAGGGCUCCUUCACGCAAAGGUUUCAAAUCUUAUGCUGAGCUUCUUUCCCAGAACACUACAUCACCCGCGAAUGCCCAAAAUCCGCUGCAGGACCAGAACAUUCCUUUCGCUCAUUACUUGAUCAGACUAAAUGAAAAUGACAUUGGCGACGAGAGCUUAGCCGUUAGUUUUGCUUCUCUUCUUCAACACACAAUGAAUGUACUCAAAGAGAACGAUCAGCACCACAUUUCUUUCAAUUUCGUCAUGACCACAAAGUAUAUGCUUAUGGUACCAAGGUCAAACUCCAAAUUUGAAGAUAAAUUAGGCAUCAAUGCUUGCGGAGUAUACGGUCUCAUCUUGUGCAAGAAUCAAGAGUUGUUCGACAUGGUGAAGGAAAUUGGUGCAUUGAACGUUUUGAAAAGUGCUGCCAACUUCAUUUUGUCCCGACCAACCUUGUCUAAAAUUGUUACUCCACUUGCUAACAAAUUCACAGCUUAUGCUGGUUACAGAGAGAUGGGAUUAAAAUUCAAUGAUUUACUUAUGGAGGAAACACCUGUUAUGCAAAAAGCCAUCAAGAGAUUACCUCCCUCAUUAAGUUAUUCCAGGAAUUUCAGGAUUCUCACCGCUCAUCAAUUGUCUUUGACUCAACAAAUUCUUCCACCAGGAAAGGCUCUCAAGCCUGAAGAGGACGAUCACUAUUUGAUCCCAUACAUUUUGGAAGCUGAAAAGGAAGCUUUCGAAAAAGCCGAGUUGGAUAACAUCGAAGUCAAAAGUUCUUAG